AUGCUGCGGAUGGCGAGCGGACCUCCACCCGGCUUCUUCCCCCAGGAUAUGGGCGAAGGGCCCUCCGCACCUCCCACCUACCAGGAGCCUCCCGCCAUGUCGCAGGAGCAGCUCGAGGCCAAGGCCCGCAAGUGGCGAGCGUUCUCUACCAGGCGCUUCCCGGGCGACAAGAAGGGCAAGGGCAAGGUCAUCGACACGGGCAAGCAGGCCAUGCCCGCCGAGCACCUGCGCAAGAUCAUCCGCGACCACGGCGACAUGUCGAACCGCAAGUUCCGCCAGGACAAGCGCGUUCACCUCGGUGCGCUCAAGUACGUCCCGCACGCCGUCCUCAAGCUCCUCGAGAACAUGCCCAUGCCGUGGGAGCAAGUGCGCGAGGUGCCUGUCGUGUACCACAUCACCGGCGCCAUCACGUUCGUCAACGAGGUGCCCAAGGUCAUCCCGCCCGUGUACCACGCCCAGUGGGCCACCAUGUGGCUCGCCAUGCGUCGCGAGAAGCGCGACCGCCGCCACUUCAAGCGCAUGCGCUUCCCGCCGUUCGACGACGAGGAGCCGCCGCUCGACUACGGCGACAACGUGCUCGACACCGAGCCGCUCGAGGCGAUCCAGCUCGAGCUCGACGAGGACGAGGACGCGCCGAUCGCCGAGUGGUUCUACGACUCGAAGCCGCUCGUCGACACGCCGCACGUCAACGGCUCGAGCUACAAGCUGUGGAACCUCGACCUGCCGCAGAUGGCCAACCUGUACCGGUUCGGCCGCACCCUCCUGAGCGACUUCAACGACAGCAACUACUUCUACCUGUUCGAGCCCAAGUCGUUCUUCACGGCCAAGGCGCUCAACGUCGCCAUCCCUGGCGGGCCCCGGUUCGAGCCGCUGUUCCGCGACGCCGACAACUUUGACGACGACUGGAACGAGUUCAACGACAUCAACAAGGUCAUCAUCCGGCAGCAGAUCCGGACCGAGUACAAGAUCGCGUUCCCGCACCUGUACAACUCGCGGCCGCGCAGCGUCCACAUCUCGCCGUACCACGAGCCGCACAACCUGUACAUCCGCACCGAGGACCCGGACCUGCCCGCGUUCUACUUCGACCCGAUGAUCCACCCGAUCUCGUCGCGCGGCGUCGCGCCCAAGAACGAGCUCGUCCCGCACGAGGUUGACGUGUUCGGCGGCGACUCGAACGGCGAGGACGACGAGUUUGAGCUCCCCGACGAGUGCGAGGCGUUCCUCGCCGACGACGACGUCGAGACGGACCGCACCGCCGACGCCAUCGCCCUGUGGUGGGCGCCGUACCCGUACAACCAGCGCUCGGGCCGCACCGUCCGCGCCCAGGACGUGCCCCUCGUCAAGAACUGGUACCUCGAGCACUGCCCUCCCGGCCAGGCCGUCAAGGUCCGCGUCUCGUACCAGAAGCUCCUCAAGUGCUACGUCCUCAACCAGCUCCACCACCGUCGCCCCAAGGCGCAGGUCAAGAAGAGCCUUCUCAAGCAGCUCAAGGCGACCAAGUUCUUCCAGACGACGACGAUCGACUGGGUCGAGGCCGGCCUGCAAGUGUGCCGCCAGGGCUACAACAUGCUCAACCUCCUCAUCCACCGCAAGAACCUCAACUACCUCCACCUCGACUUCAACCUCAACCUCAAGCCGGUCAAGACCCUGACGACCAAGGAGCGCAAAAAGUCGCGCUUCGGCAACGCGUUCCACCUGUGCCGCGAGAUUCUGCGCCUCACCAAGCUCAUCGUCGACUCGCACGUCCAGUACCGCCUCGGCAACGUCGACGCGUUCCAGCUCGCCGACGGCCUCCAGUUCAUGUUCGCCCACGUCGGCCAGCUCACGGGCAUGUACCGGUACAAGUACAAGCUCAUGCGCCAGAUCCGCAUGUGCAAGGACCUCAAGCACGUCAUCUACACCCGCUUCAACACGGGCCCGGUCGGCAAAGGUCCCGGCGUCGGCUUCUGGGCGCCCGGCUGGCGCGUGUGGCUCUUCUUCCUGCGCGGCAUCGUCCCGCUCCUCGAGCGGUGGCUCGGCAACCUCCUCGCCCGCCAGUUCGAGGGCCGCAACUCGAAGGGCGUCGCCAAGACGGUCACCAAGCAGCGCGUCGACUCGCACUUUGACCUCGAGCUGCGCGCCGCCGUCAUGCACGACAUCCUCGACAUGAUGCCCGAGGGCAUCAAGCAGAACAAGUCCAAGACGAUCCUGCAGCACCUGUCCGAGGCGUGGCGUUGCUGGAAGGCCAACAUCCCGUGGAAGGUGCCCGGCAUGCCGACGGCCAUCGAGAACAUCAUCCUGCGCUUCGUCAAGGCCAAGUCGGACUGGUGGACCUCGGUCGCCCACUACAACCGCGAGCGCAUCCGCCGUGGCGCCACUGUCGACAAAACCGUCGCCAAGAAGAACCUCGGUCGCCUCACUCGCCUGUACCUCAAGGCCGAGCAGGAGCGCCAGAACGCGUACUUGAAGGACGGCCCGUACGUCUCGUCCGAGGAGGCCGUCGCGAUCUACUCGGCGACCGUCCACUGGCUCGAGUCGCGCAAGUUCGCGCCGAUCCCGUUCCCGCCCCUGUCGUACAAGCACGACACCAAGCUCCUCGUCCUCGCGCUCGAGAAGCUCAAGGAGGCGUACAGCGUCAAGGGCCGCCUCAACCAGUCGCAGCGCGAGGAGCUCGCCCUCAUCGAGCAGGCGUACGACAACCCGCACGAGACCCUGUCGCGCAUCAAGCGCCUCCUGCUCACGCAGCGCGCCUUCAAGGAGGCCGGCAUCGAGUUCUUCGACACGUACGAGAAGCUCAUCCCGUGCUACGACAUCGAGCCGAUGGAGAAGAUCACGGACGCCUACCUCGACCAGUUCCUGUACUUCGAGGCCGACAAGCGCGGCCUGUUCCCGUCCUGGAUCAAGCCGGCCGACACCGAGCCGCCGCCGCUCCUCGUGUACAAGUGGUGCCAGGGCAUCAACAACCUGCACGACGUGUGGGAGACGAGCGAGGGCGAGUGCAACGUCCUCAUGGAGACGCAGCUCAGCAAGGUCUACGAGAAGAUCGACUUGACGUUGCUCAACCGCCUCCUGCGCCUCAUCAUGGACCACAACCUCGCCGACUACUGCACGGCCAAGAACAACAUCGUGCUCACGUACAAGGACAUGUCGCACGUCAACGCCUACGGCAUGAUCCGAGGCCUCCAGUUCUCGUCGUUCAUCUUCCAGUACUACGGCCUCAUCCUCGACAUCCUCAUCCUCGGCCUGCAGCGCGCGAGCGAGAUGGCCGGCCCGCCGCAGAUGCCCAACAACUUCUUGCAGUUCCGCGACACGGCGACCGAGACGCGGCACCCGAUCCGCCUCUACUCGCGCUACAUCGACCGCGUCCACAUCAUGUUCCGCUUCACGGCCGACGAGUCGCGCGACCUCAUCCAGCGGUACCUGUCGGCCAACCCGGACCCGAACAACGAGAACUUGAUCGGCUACAACAACAAGAAGUGCUGGCCUCGCGACUGCCGCAUGCGCCUGAUCAAGCACGACGUCAAUCUCGGUCGCGCCGUCUUCUGGGACAUCAAGAACCGCCUGCCGCGCUCGCUCACGACGAUCGACUGGGACGACACGUUCGUCUCGGUCUACUCCAAGGACAACCCUCAGCUCCUCUUCUCGAUGUCGGGCUUCGAGAUCCGCAUCCUGCCCAAGAUCCGCAACGUCAACGAGCAGUUCACCCUCAAGGACGGCGUCUGGAACCUCACCAACGAGGCGACCAAGGAGCGCACGGCGCAGGCGUUCCUGCGCGUCUCGGACGAGGGCAUCAUGAUGUUCAACAACCGCAUACGACAAAUCCUCAUGUCGUCGGGCUCGUCGCCGUUCGCCAAGGUUAUCAACAAGUGGAACACCGCCAUCAUCGGCCUGCUCACGUUCUACCGCGAGGCCGUCAUCCACACGACCGAGCUCCUCGACGCGCUCGUCAAGGCCGAGAACAAGGUGCAGACCCGCGUCAAGAUCGGCCUCAACUCGAAGAUGCCGUCUCGCUUCCCGCCGGCCGUCUUCUACACGCCCAAGGAGCUCGGCGGUCUCGGCAUGCUCUCGAUGGGCCACAUCCUCAUCCCGGCGUCCGACCUGCGCUGGAGCAAGCAGACCGACACGGGCAUCACCCACUUCCGUGCCGGCAUGGGCGGCGGCAACUCGGAGGUCCUCAUCCCGAACCUGUUCCGCUACAUCCAGCCGUGGGAGGCCGAGUUCCUCGACUCGGCGCGCGUCUGGUCCGAGUACGCGCUCAAGCGCAAGGAGGCGCAGGCGCAGAACCGCCGCCUCACGCUCGAGGACCUCGAGGACUCGUGGGACCGCGGUAUCCCCCGCAUCAACACGCUCUUCCAGAAGGACCGACACACGCUCGCGUACGACAAGGGCUGGCGCAACCGCGUCGAGUGGAAGCGCUACCAGCUCCUCAAGCACAACCCGUUCUGGUGGACCUCGCAGCGUCACGACGGCAAGCUCUGGCAGCUCAACAACUACCGCGUCGACGUCAUCGCGGCGCUCGGCGGCGUCGAGGGCAUCCUCGAGCACACGCUCUUCAAGGCGACUGCGUUCCCGACCUGGGAGGGACUGUUCUGGGAGAAGGCUUCGGGGUUCGAAGAAUCCAUGAAGUUUAAGAAACUCACCAACGCCCAGCGCUCGGGCCUGUCGCAAAUCCCGAACCGGCGCUUCACGCUUUGGUGGUCUCCCACGAUCAACCGCGCCAACGUCUACGUCGGCUUCCAGGUCCAGCUCGACCUCACGGGCGUCUUCAUGCACGGCAAGAUCCCGACGCUCAAGAUCUCGCUCAUCCAGAUCUUCCGCGCCCACCUGUGGCAGAAGAUCCACGAGUCGGUCGUCAUGGACCUGUGCCAGGUGUUCGACCAGGAGCUCGAGGCGCUCCAGAUCGAGACGGUCCAGAAGGAGACGAUCCACCCGCGCAAGUCGUACAAGAUGAACUCGUCGUGCGCCGACAUCCUCCUGUUCUCGUCCUACAAGUGGAACGUCACGCGGCCGUCGCUCCUCACCGACUCGAAGGACGUCAUGGACGGCACGACGAGCUCCAAGUACUGGGUCGACGUCCAGCUCCGGUGGGGCGACUUUGACUCGCACGACAUCGAGCGGUACACGCGCGCCAAGUUCCUCGACUACACGUCGGACAACAUGUCGAUCUACCCGUCGCCGACCGGCCUCCUCAUCGGCAUCGACCUCGCUUACAACCUCCACUCGGCGUACGGCAACUGGAUCCCGGGCAUGAAGCCGCUCGUGCAGCAGGCCAUGGGCAAGGUCAUGAAGGCCAACCCGGCGCUCUACGUCCUGCGCGAGCGCAUCCGCAAGGGCCUCCAGCUCUACUCGUCCGAGCCGACCGAGCCGUACCUCAACUCGCAGAACUACUCGGAGCUAUUCAGCAACCAGAUCAUCUGGUUCGUCGACGACACGCAGGUCUACCGCGUCACGAUCCACAAGACGUUCGAGGGCAACUUGACGACCAAGCCGAUCAACGGCGCCAUCUUCAUCUUCAACCCGCGCACGGGCCAGGCGUUCAUCAAGAUCAUCCACACGUCGGUCUGGGCCGGCCAGAAGCGCCUCGGUCAACUCGCCAAGUGGAAGACGGCCGAGGAGGUCGCCGCCCUCGUGCGCUCGCUCCCCGUCGAGGAGCAGCCCAAGCAGGUCAUCGUCACGCGCAAGGGCAUGCUCGACCCGCUCGAGGUCCACCUCCUCGACUUCCCCAACAUCGUCAUCAAGGGCUCCGAGCUCCAGCUCCCGUUCCAGGCGUGCAUGAAGCUCGAGAAGUUCGGCGACCUCAUCCUGCGCGCGAGCCAGCCGCAGAUGGUCCUGUCGAACAUGUACGACGACUGGCUCAAGUCGAUCUCGUCGUACACGGCCUUCUCGCGCCUCAUCCUCCUCCUGCGCGCGAUCCACGUCAACAACGAGAAGGCCAAGAUUAUCCUGCGCCCGAACAAGAACACGAUCACGCAGCCGCACCACGUCUGGCCGACGCUCGAGGACGAGGAGUGGAUGCGCGUCGAGAUCGCCCUGCGCGACCUCAUCCUCGCCGACUACGCCAAGCGCAACUCGGUCAACACGGCGUCCCUCACCUCGAGCGAGAUCCGCGACAUCAUCCUCGGCAUGGAGAUUCAGGCGCCGUCGGUCCAGCGCCAGCAGAUGGCCGAGAUCGAGAAGUCGACCGAGGCGGCGGCGCAGGUGACGGCGGUGCAGACGCGCACGACCAACGUCAUGGGCGACGAGAUCCAGGUCGUCACGACGACGGCGUACGAGCAGCAGGUGUUCAGCAGCAAGACCGACUGGCGCAUCCGGGCCAUCUCGGCGACCAACAUCCCGCUCCGCCUCCAGCACGUCUACGUCACGAACGACGACGUCAAGGAGGAGCUCCCGACGUUCGUCCUCGCCAAGAACGUUAUGAAGGCGUUCGUCACGGCGGCCGACCUGCGCGCGCCCGCCGCCGCCUACCUGUACGGCCAAGUCGCGCCGGACAACUCGCGCGUCGUCGAGGUCAAGGCCGUCGUCGUCGUCCCGCAGCGUUCGACGCAGCGCUCGGUCGAGCUCGUCAACGAGCUCCCGUCGCACCCGCUCCUCGCCGACCUCAAGGUCGUCGGCCUCAUCACGACCCAGGCGCAGGAGACCCAGUCGCUGUCGCCGGCCGACGCGACCCUGUUUGCCCGCCUCAUGGCGCAGCACUCGGAGAUCGACGGCUCGUCGAUCAUGCUCACGGUCGCCUUCACGCCGGGCUCCCUGUCGCUGUCGGCGUACGCCCUCACGCCCAAGGGCUUCGAGUGGGGCAGGACGGCCGACCCGAACUCGCCGGCGGGCUACAACCCGGCGUCGAUGGUCGACCGCGCGCAGCUGUUGCUGUCGGACCGCAUCCUCGGCUCGUCGUUCGCGCCGGUCGGCGGCGUGUGGAACUACUCGACGGGCCUCGGCGCCGCCUUCUCGCCGACGAUGCCGUACAGCGUCACGCUCGUCGGCCAGCCGAUGCGGUACUGGGACGAGCAGCACCGCCCGGUGCACUUUACCUCGUUCGUCGCGUCGGCCGACGACGGCCUCGAGGUCGACGCUGAGGACGCCUUUGCUUGAGAAGGUCGGGCGAGGAGGAGGAGGUCUCUGUUUCGUCGGUUCGCUCUCGUUUCCCCUGAAGUUGUAUACAAGCGUUCUCUCUCUCUC